UCAGCGACUUAUAGCGGGACUGUGGGACUACGGCGGGCAUUUUGACACUGGGGGGGAACUGACUAAUUGCCACUGAUAUCCCCAGUGACACUAAUACAGUGAGCAGUGCUAAUAAAGCAUUGACACUGUACAAAUGACACUGGGCAGGAAGGGGUUAACAUCUGGGGCGAUCAAAGGGUUAAUUGUGUGCUGUGCUUUACCGUGUACGGUGUGUUGGUGCUUCAUUGCAAGCACACUGCUCUGGAUGGCUGUGCUGUGCACAGCCAUCCAGAGCAGUGUGCCCGAGCUGACAGGGAGGAGGACUGUUAGUAAACAAAGCAGUCCUCUUCCCUGUCAGAGAUGCUUGGUAAUCACAGGGCGCCAGCGGGGAAUC